CGUUGUUUGACAACCAUCUAUGAAACAAGAAGAAGAAGAGUAAGAUUUUUGUCACGUGACUGUCACGAGGAAAAGACAACAGGAAAAGAGUUUUUCCCCUUUGGUGCUUGAGUUGAAGAUUUUGCUGCAGGGGCUGUUGUCUUGUUUGAACUGACAACACGAACUCCACUCUAACUUCACGAAAUUUAACAGAAUCUUGAUUAUCCACCCAGGAUCAGAGGUCACCAUGGGGUCAGCAGUGGAGAGGACAGAUGAACAUGUGAAGGAGUAUCUGACCUACCGUGGGUUUACCACCACUCUAAAGCAUUUGGACAGUGAGAUCAAAGCUGACAAGGAGAAAGGCUUUAGGGUGGAUAAGAUCAUUGAUCAGCUACAGCAGUUUGUCCAGACCUUUGACUUAUUUGGCCUGAAGGACUACUGGCUUUACCUGGACAGACGUCUGUUCUGCAGACUGGAGGAUGUUUACAGAUCCACUGUCAACAAAUUGAGAACCAGCCUAUACAGAUACUAUGUCAUUAACACCAUCCAGAAAGGAAACCUGGAGAAGACUCAGGAGUUUUUUCAGAAGCAAGCACUGGAGCUGCAAGGUCAGGUCGAGUGGCGGGAUUGGUUCAUCCUGCCGUUUAUCCCCUCCCCCGAGCAAAAUCCCGCCUUCUCUCCAUACUUCUCCCGUCAGUGGGCUGACACCUUCCUGGUUUCACUGCACAACUUCCUCUCAGUCCUGUUCCAGUAUAUGCCCCAGCCUGUCCUGCUGAGUUUUGAUGCUGAGGUCCAGAAGAUGACCAGCCUGACCGAUGAAAACGAACAGCUUCGGCAGCUGCUCUUUGCGCUACAGACAGAGAGUCGAGACCAGAGGGACAGAGAUGAGAUGCCCCACCACAAAUUGCCAGCGUACGUCCAGAACAUGGACCGUCUGGGAGACACUGAGCUGGACUUGGUGUCGAGCCAGCGAGCCGUGAGCACUGCCACCACUCCUUCUAGAAACUUCUUCUCUACAUUCCUACCACAGGGCCGACGCACUCCGGUGAAACCAGCUCAGGUCAUGACUGGGUCUUCGCCAACCCAGGGAGCAGUGAGCAGGAAGGACCCACCUACCAGUCAGCCUGCAAAGUCAAAAGAGGCAAUGCAAGCUAAGGAAGUGAAGCCAGUUUCCAGCCAGGCAUCAAGCAAUGAAUUUGCAUGCUCCCAGUCCCAGCAGUCAACAAACCAGGUGACAAAUCAGCCAACACAUCACAGACACAAGAGAAUCCAGGAACAUGAGAAAGAGAGAAAGGAGCUUUUCUCUAAACCACCACCACAGAUACCAGAGAAGAGGGGGGAGGCUGGGGAUGUAGAGCCUCUUGCUGAGACCUCUGGUGAAAUUCCUGACUCCUCCUCCAACAGCAGGAGCUGUGGAGGAGGAACAGAAGGAGGAGGUCUACCAGCAGAACAGCCUUUCAUCAAACUCAGCCAGGAGGAGUAUGGAGAACACCACUCCUCUAUCAUGCACUGCAGGGUUGACUGUUCUGGUCGCCGGGUUGCCAGUUUGGAUGUAGAUGGAGUCAUCAAGGUGUGGUCAUUCAAUCCCAUUAUGCAGACUAAAGCUACCAUUAUGUCGAAGUCUUCUCUACUGUCUCUGGAGUGGGCUACCAAACCUGACAGACUGUUGUUACUAGGCAGCGGUGUUGGCACAGUGCGGCUAUACGAUACAGACACCAAGAAGAAUCUUUAUGAGAUGAACAUUGACGAAACUCAUCCACGUAUUUUGUCUUUAGCGUGCAGUCCUAGUGGUUCAUCGUUCGUGUGUUCGGCUGCAGCUCUCAGUCGGUCUGGAAGUGUCGAGUCUGUUUCUCGACUUCCUGCAACGGUGUCAGGACAGCUGCUGCUCUGGGACACCAAGACUGUCAAACAACAGCUCCAGUUCUCUUUAGAACCUGAUCCAGUAGCCAUUAAUUGCACAGCCUUCAACCACAACGGAAACCUGCUGGUGACCGGAGCUGCUGACGGAGUCAUCAGAUUGUUUGAUAUGCAGCGUUAUGAGAGCGCUAUGAGCUGGAGAGCUCACGACGGAGAAGUUUACAGUGUGGAGUUCAGCUACGAUGAAAACACUGUCUUCAGCAUCGGAGAAGAUGGCAAGUUCAUCCAGUGGAACAUCCAUCGGUGUGGGGUGAAGCAGUCAGAACAGCCUUUACCUCAGGAUGCCACCGGGCCUUUCGUCCUCUCAGGAUACAGCGGAUACAAACAGGUUCAGGUUCCUCGAGGUCGGUUGUUUGCCUUUGACUCUGAAGGACAGCAUGUCCUGACCUGUUCCAGCUCCGGAGGAGUCAUAUACAAACUGAGCAAUAAGGAGCCAGCUCUGGAGAGUGUGCUAUUGCUUGGCGGGCAUAAAGCUCCGGUGGUGACAGUUGACUGGUGCUCUGCGGUGGACUGCGGCACCUGCCUGACCGCCUCCAUGGAUGGGAAGAUCAAACUGAGCACACUUCUGGCACAGAAGGCCUGACUGAGGACAUGAUGCAAGGACACCUGAGGGGUCAAAGGUCACCAGAGUAUAUAAAAGACAGAUUGAGUUUGCCCAUUUCAUGACAGAGAUUAUUGCAAUAUUUUAUAAAUGUCGACAUUUUCAUGAUGCGAUUCAAACUCUGUAACCACUUAUUCAUAUUAACAUUAAAAUUCCAGUGAAAGUUC